GCCAAAAUCAUCCUCCCCCCUCUCUCUCUAAAACACACACUCUCUUUCUCUCUCACACACACACAAAGAAAGAAAGAUCAAACCAUCGCUAUGAAAACAAAGAGUGAGAGAGAGAGCUAAGACCGAAAGCCGCGAACACUGUGUGUUUUUCAAGAAACCUGAACGGAAUCCGACGAGCUGUGUCUACACUUUCUGGAAAGGUAAGCACAGGAAGAAGAAACUGUUUGAUCGGAGUUUCAGGUGUUGCAUUCUAGGGCCGUCUGUGACAGUACACGGGUGUCUGUACGAAGGGGCAUGGAGCGGUACGGUCUGGGCCAGGAGGGUUUGCAAUCGGAUCCGUCCAUGGAGUGGAGAGGUCCAGGAGCCGAGACCGGGCUUGAAGAACCUAUGUGGCGGAUGGGGUUGAGCAGCGGCAGCGGUGGAGGAGGCGAUGGAGGGCAGUUUGGGUAUCCGGAACGGCCGGACGAGGCCGAUUGUAUAUAUUAUUUGAGGACCGGAUUUUGUGGGUAUGGGUCUCGGUGCCGGUUCAAUCAUCCACGUGACCGUGGCGCGAUUCUCGGAGCUGCAAGAGCUGGUGGAGAGGAGUAUCCAGAGCGAAUGGGUCAGCCUGUUUGCCAGUACUACAUGAGGACAGGAACUUGUAAAUUUGGUGCUUCCUGUAAGUACCACCAUCCCAGGCAGGGAGCUGGUGCUGUUAGCCCUGUGUCGCUAAAUUAUUAUGGAUACCCAAUGCGUCCGGGAGAAAAAGAGUGUUCAUACUAUGUAAAAACUGGACACUGUAAGUUUGGCGCAACAUGUAAAUUUCAUCACCCGCAACCAGCAAAUAUACAAGUUCCAGCACCAGCUCAAGUUGCACCUGUGCCAACGCCGGUGCCUGCACCUGCAAUAUAUCACCCGGUGCAGUCUCCAUCUGUCCCUUCAUCUCAACAGUACGGGGUAGUCGUUGCGAGGCCUUCCGUUCUGGCUGGCUCAUAUGUACAGGGUCCUUAUGGUCCUGUUUUGCUGUCCCCUGGAAUGGUUCCUAUUUCAGGAUGGAGUCCUUAUACGGCACCUGUAAGUCCGGUAGCUAUUCCCAGUACUCAACCCAUGGUUGGAUCAGGCUCAAUGUAUGGUGUCACACAAUUAUCUCCUUCUGCGCCUGCAUACACAGGGCAUUAUCAGCCCUUACCUUCUUCAGCCGGUCCUUCAAGCAGUAGCCAGAAGGAGCAUCCAUUUCCUGAAAGACCUGGCCAACCAGAAUGUCAGUAUUUCAUGAAAACUGGGGACUGUAAAUUUGGAUCCUCAUGUAGAUACCAUCAUCCACCGGAACUGUCUGCGCCAAGAGAGCUUGUUGUUCUUAGCCCCAUGGGUCUUCCUCUACGUCCGGGUGCACCACCUUGUGCUCAUUAUACACAGCGCGGAGAAUGCAAAUUUGGACCUGCAUGUAAAUUUGAUCAUCCAAUGGGAACACUUAUUUACAGUCCAUCUGCAUCUUCUCUUGCGGACAUGCCAGUUGCCCCAUACCCUGUGGGAUCUUCACUCGGUACUCUAGCCCCAUCAUCCUCGUCCUCAGAAUUGCGGCCUGAACUUAUGUCAGGAUCGGGCAAGGACUCCAGCUCGACCAGAAUGUCUUCAUCUUUGAGCACAUCUAGUGGAUCAGUUGGUUCAGUUUUUAGUGCGUCAAUUCCUUAUUCAAGCAUGCAACAGUCUAGUCAGAGUUCUGGACCUUCUGGUCAUGCAGCUGGCAGCAGCAGCAUUGAGGGCACACCUUGAGCCAGUCAGGGAUAUUAAGCCAUUCCUGUUCAUUCCUCUUUUUGGUCAAAUUCAUGAACAGAAAGGUCUUCUUUUUUUCCUUUUUCGGUAAAGUCUUAAAAUAGGAUGCCUUAGUUUCUCACCCAUCCUGCUUCCACGAUUCGGGUUUAGCACACAUAAGCUCUGAUCAUUCCUGUGUUCAUAUAAUCUUUAUAUGGCCAUCCUGUUAUAUUGAAUAAGCCAUGGCCAGCCUCUUAAAAAAGGUUUAGCAAACCCCAUACAGCUUUCCUUCUUGUUUCCAAAUAACCAUGAAAAUGGAAUCAACACUUCCAUUAGGCAAAUCCACAUCCGAGUCUCCAAUUUGGAGUUUAUUGUGUUAAUUUAUGGGUCCAAUCUUUUACGAAAAUGAAAAAGAUGACUCUUCAUGUCCUAUCAUGUUAAAGACCUUAUUUCAAUUCGGGAACAUGCUUCCAAUUCAUCCUAGAAGGAAAUUUGAAGUUAUUACUUGUUCCCCAACUUUUUUGGUUUGGGGUUUAUUGUGAAAAUAUAGACUCCAAGGAGGCAUCCCGUUGCUCCCGUAAAUGGGGAGGAUAUACAUAGUUAUGCUAUGACAAUUGAAAUGCUCGACAUCGUUAUCUAAAUUUGUUAUGAAAUACGAAUGAACAGUUGCACUAGACUGGUGGUUCUGCUCUCUUAUUGUUUCAUUAUUUAAUGGUGAUACUGAAAUUCGAUUA